AAGUGUUUCCCCCGUUUAUCAACCAGUUAGCGGGUCUAGUCGCAGUGGUUCCGUCCGCUGCUCAGAUCACAGAGCGAUCAUAGAUCACCAAACUCAGUUUUAACCUCAAGGAUACGGCACUUUGAUUCUGGUGUUUUGGCCAGGAUCAUGCGCUCCGUUUCGGGUCUGCUUGUCAUUGUCGCCGCGGCCACACUUUAUCUGUACCUUCUGUCCUCCCACCUUCCUCCGGGACCGCGACAUUUGCGGGAAGAUGAGGCGGAAAAGUCCGACAACACCGACAGCGACCCGGUGGGCGAAGAAUAUAGUCUGAAGUUCCCGUCGGACCUGGAGGAGCUGAGAGAGCUGGCCGAGCUGCUGCAGUUCUAUAAGACCGAGCACACGGGCUACGUGCUGCUACUCUACUGCAGUGCAUACCUCUACAAGCAGUCCUUCGCCAUCCCUGGUUCCUCCUUCCUAAAUAUGCUGGCGGGGGCGCUGUUCGGGCCCUGGGAGGGCCUGCUGCUGGCCUGUCUGCUCACCACUGUGGGCUCCACCAACUGCUACUUCCUGUCUCGCACCUUCGGGAAGCGCCACAUCGUGCAGCUCUUCCCCGACAAGGUGGCCAUGCUGCAGACAAAGGUUGAGGAGAACAGGAGCAGUUUGUUCUUCUUCCUGCUGUUUCUCAGGUUCUUCCCUAUGACUCCAAACUGGUUCUUGAACGUCACCUCUCCCAUCCUCAACAUUCCCCUGCCCAUGUUCUUCCUCUCUGUCUUUAUUGGCCUCAUCCCAUAUAACUUCAUCUGCGUGCGGACGGGCUCCAUCCUGUCGGAGAUCUCGUCUCUGGAUGACAUCUUCUCCUGGGGCACGCUGUUGCAGCUUCUGGCCAUUGCCUGCAUGGCCCUGCUGCCCGGCGCCCUCAUCCGCCUCUACAGCCACGCCCACCUCAAACUGGAGGGCCUGCAGCCAAACGGACACGCCCUCCACAAAAAGGCCACAUGACCUGAGCCGCCACCCAACCAUGCCUUAUAGUCCUGUGCUUUAAAGAGCAAAAAAGUCUUAGUCCAUACGUCUUAAACCAAACUAAAAAGCCUACAGAAGACACAAAAAACCCGUGUUUGAAAUGUUCCAGUGAAAUUUAUGAAUUUGUUUGUCUUUGAAAUGUUUAUUUUUUCAUUCAGAAAGAGUCAUAAUCCUGUGUUUACUGCAGGGGUGAACAUGGUGCUUGUGUUCCAGGUGCUUGACCUGUGUCUGUGCUUCUCUGAGCUGGAGGAGGAUGAGCUCAGCUCAGGAACACUGGGUUAAACAUUCAUAUUACUCAUAUUAUUCUUAUGCCAUUUGAUUUGAAGCCAUCCAUGGAACAAAUCCAUGAGUCAGCUCAAUUAUGACAAUCACCUGUCUGAGACACAAGCUUUGUGUGUGUGUGUAUUUGUGUGUGUGUAAAGAGAGAGAGACAGUAAGUUGUCAUUUCCAGAUUGUACCCACUAUUGUUGAAUUUUGUAUUUGGUUGUUUUUUUCUGUUGUUUCUACUGUGAAAAAUACUGUAACAGAAAAUGGAAUGUAUUUUUAAGGAAUUUUCUCUGAGGAACACACAUAUUUGAAAUGCAGUUUUGGUACUGUUUAUGGAGCCUGCCACUUUUAAUUGCUUUAACUGCAAAAGCUGACUUUUACUGUCCAUUGGUUAAGAUAAGCAGGGUUCUGUGCCUUGAGUUCAUGUCUGUGUCUCUCACGCAGUCCUGUGGUUCUUGCUACCCCAUAGUUAAGGUGACACUGCGGUUCUUGCUACCCCAUAGUUAAGGUGACACUGCGGUUCUUGGGUUUUGGGUACAAGUUCAGUACCUUACAGUGUCCCACCACUGUCCCCUGUGUGCACAUGCACUUCAGUGACUGCGCUGGACCUGUAUGAGGACAGAAGCAGCAUAUGGAUAUGGAAAUAUUAUAAUAUAGCCAUACAGGAAUUCUCAGUAGCUCCUGCCAGAGACUUUUGACCUGCACUUUCCCUUGUGGGGAUAGUUUGACACAGAGAAGGCACAUUAAAUGACAUGAGUACCUAAAAGCAUUCUGCUGUUAAUAUUCCACAGAGGGACUCUGCUCAGCCUGAGCUUUGCAGAGACACCAUGUGGACGUAGUUUGUAACUGCAGCAGUGUUACCUAGAGCUCCUAAUGACGUGUCUGUCACUGCCUUAUGUUCUUUGAGUUUGAAUUUUUUUUUAAAAAAUGUAAAAUAUUUUAAAGUCAAGGACAGAAAUAUUUCUUACAGAACUUACAAUGACCUUUGGUCCGAUACAUACUGAGUGGCCUCUUUAUUAGGUGCACCUGCCUGACAGCGGCCUCUUUCAUCAGCGGGCUGCUUCUGACCACAGCACCCCUGCUGGCUGGAUGUUUGUUCCUGAUACACCUGUGACACUGUCAUGCAUGAAACUCCAGCAGGGCUGCUGUUUCUGAUACUCAUACUGGCUCCCACUACCAUGCUGCAUUCAAACACACUUAACUCUUUGGGCUUUCCUGUUCUCCCUCUGAAUUCCACACACACAAUCCCUGCUUUAAACAGCACAUUCUGUAAUGAUAUGUCAUGCUGUCACUGAGCAGUGUAUUUCAUGGAAAGAGCAGGUGUACCUGACGAAGUGGCCACUAAAAGAAUAUUUCCAAUGGUAAUUAUCUGUCACCAUUAUUCAGAAAACAGCUAUAGGUGCCCCUAAAGACAAAUGUUGCCAUAAGGCCAUGAGUUUCUGAAUUUUCAUACUGUGGAUACAGGGUAUGACCCUGCACCUUUUACUGUCUUCUGUGUGCAACUGGGACUGAUGCAUGUGGGCUUUUUAUGCUUCUCUAUGGGUUGCAGUCUGUGGUUAUACACACCCCUGUGUGGCAGAAGCACGUCUUAAAUCUCUCUCUGCACUGUCAACCUGGGUUUGGGUCUGCACAGCAAAGACUGCAUGCUGCCAGCCCUCCCUGCCCCUGUGUACAGGUAUUGUAAUGUUUUUUAUA